CUGUCGGCCAUUGUGGCGCGUCAUUGGCCAGAAAGGAAAUGCCUACGUGAUCAUUUUACUGUGUCGUUCAGCGUUUUCGAUCAGCAAGAUACAGCAACGAUGGGUAUCAGGGCGUGUGUAGUACUCGCCCUCGCGGCAUUUUUUCUCCAAGAGGUACCCGCCUUUGACUUGACGGGACUAAACUUUGGCAAUCCGCUUGCGGGCCUUUUCGGAGGCACCAACAAGCGUCAUGUCAGGCAAGUGGACACCGUCAAAGCCUGUUCUUGGUGGACAAUUCAGAAAAACUUUUUGUGCUGCAAGUUCCCAACACCUUUCACAUCCAGUGACACUGCAAUAUGCGCAACUAAGAAGAGAGGGUUUUCCAAAGGAAACAAAGACAGCAGACUCGCAGAAAUGGGAUUGGCUUGCAUCGUCAGUUGUACUAUCAAGCGGAGGGAUUCGCUUUACGAAAAUGGAACUGCGAAUGUGGAAAAACUGCGAGCUCAAUUUCUGGCUUCAACCCCUUCGAAUGACUGGAAAAAUAUAAUUAAUGGAGCCUUUGACACGUGCUUGGACCAACUGCAGUACGCCGACAUCACGAAAGAGGGAGACUGCCAGAUGACCAACCUUCAUUUCGCUUACUGCCUCUACAGCAUUGGAGUCAGGCAAUGCCCGGAGGAAUCCCGCACGUCAUUGGAGGAAUGCUACGUGUUCUUUGAAAAUGUAGCGAAUGGAAAGUCCAAGUGCAACCCCUGGCCUGCGCCUUUGAAUGGUUAUAUUGGACCUGCAGUGACGACAAACCAGUCCCAAAUUGAAUCGCUGUCGACUUCUACGACGAUCAAUGAUUCUUCAUCGGCCGCCUCCUCCACCAAGUCAACAGAUAGAUUCUACUGAGUGAAGCGUUUUUAAACUUGUUUUCUUAAAGUUUUAAAUGAUUGAGGUCACGAUUUAAUAAAAGAAGGGGUGAUUUUUACUGGUUUGCAAAAAACAAAA